CUCCCCCGGGUGUGAUGGCGUCCUCCAGACAGUUCCUCGUGCUGCUGCAGCUCCUCAGCUUCGUCUCAGCCGCUCUCGCUUGUUUCUGCGACCGAUAUCCCUGGAGCUCCUGGUCCGCCUGCUCCAGGACCUGCAACCACGGAACCCAGCAGAGACUGAGGAGGUUUCAGUUUGACGACUACUACUGGAAGAGCAGCUGCCGUCAGCUGUGUGACAGAGACGACAGGAGAGCCUGCAACGAGCAGGCCUGUCCCAUCAACUGCCUGCUGACGGAGUUCGGGCCCUGGUCGGACUGCUCGCCCUGCGCCAGGAAACAGUUCCGCACCCGCUUUGUCCAGAGGCCGUCCCAGUUCGGGGGCUCGGACUGCAGCGUGCACCUGACGGAGGAGAGGCCCUGUCACCCCUCCACUGAGUGCAAGUUAGUGCCCGUCGACUGCAGAGACAACUUCAAGUGCGAAAAUGGACGCUGCAUCAACUCGACGCUGACGUGCAACAGGCAGAACGACUGCGGAGAUAACUCUGACGAGAGGGACUGUGUCAACCCCUCCGUCGUGUGUCCGGCAGACAAGAGAGUGGCCCCCGGGGCUGACCUGGUGGGCAAUGGGUAAGCUCAGAGGUUAAAGGUCACCGCUGAGUUCACGGCUUUGGAUUUAAAGUGAAUUGGUUCACAUUCCUCCCGCUGGGGUCGUAAAUUACUCUCCCCCCCCGUUUGUUAUCAGAUCAUCCUGCACUUUUCCCUCCAGCGCUCCAACAGUUCAACAGUCUCCCUGUGAAAUCACGUUUAAAUUCUC